AUGGCGGGUCUUUCGUUUGAGAAUUACCAGAGAAAUCAAUUUUUAUCGUCGCGUACCAAUGGUACUCCAAAGGCGACUUCAACCGGUACCACAAUCGUUGGGGUGAAAUUUAAUGGCGGGGUUGUGAUUGCAGCAGACACCAGAUCAACGCAGGGUCCAAUUGUGGCUAACAAAAACUGUGCAAAGCUUCACAGAAUGGCACCUAGAAUUUGGUGUGCCGGAGCCGGUACCGCUGCUGACACGGAGGAAGUUACGAAAUUGGUUGGUUCGAAUUUGGAGUUACACUCGCUGUACGCGGGGAGAGCGCCUCGUGUAGUGUCAGCAUUGCAAAUGCUUAAACAGCAUCUCUUCAAGUAUCAAGGACACGUUGGUGCAUAUCUGAUUGUGGCGGGUGUAGACCCGACUGGAGCACAUCUCUUCUCGAUUCACGCACACGGCUCAACGGACGUAGGUUUUUACCAAAGUCUUGGAUCCGGGUCUUUGGCCGCUAUGGCCGUCCUAGAAGCAAACUGGAAACCUGAAUUGACCAAAGAGGAGGCUAUGACGCUUGCUGCAGACGCUAUUGAAGCUGGUAUCUGGAACGACCUGGGCUCAGGUUCCAAUGUGGACCUAUGCGUGAUGGAAGUGGGCAAAGAUGCAGCGUAUCUAAGGAACCACAGAACACCUAACGUGAGAGAACCCAAGCAGCAGAGUUACAAAUUUGCACGCGGUACCACGGGCAUACUCAGUCAGCGUGUGCUAGACGUUUGCCAGGUAGAGGAACAGGUAGUAGACGUCGAGGCGUAA